AUGUUCUGUCAAGGCGAAACCACUGGAAAACAGGCGAUGAGGAUGCUGAGGAGAUAUCCGGGAGAGGUAAAUUUAUAUUUUUUUCCCCAAAAAAGGGUUUUUUAAUUAGAAAAGAUUUGUUUUUUCAGUCUUUUUUGGAUGGUUGAGCCUGAACUCUCCCCUUUUUCAACUCUCCCCCCAAAAAAAGCGGAACUCUUUCCCUUUUUUGAUUUUCACCAAAAAAUCUGAACUCUCCCCUUUUUGAACACUCCCCCAUUUUGAAAAUUGAGAAAACGAGGUGUCACAUGUUAUACGAUGCAACUUUUUUUCAAACUGAAAAAAUUAGAUGUGACAUCUUAUACGAUGAUACUUUUUUCGAAAAAAUGAGGUGUGACAUCUCAUACGAUAGAACGGGUAGAAAAAAAAUAAAAACAGGAAACCUGCAUUUUUUCAAUUUGAAAAAAAAAUCCAUCGUAUAAAAUGUCACACCUAAUUUUUUUCAAUUUGAAAAAUUUUUCAUCGUAUAAAAUGUCACACCUAAUUUUUUUCAAUUUGAAAAAAAUUUUCAUCGUAUAAAAUGUCACACCUCAUUUUUUCAUUUUGAAAAAUUUUUCAUCGUAUAAGAUGUCACACCUAAUUUUUUCAAUUUGAAAAAAAGUUUCAUCGUAUAAGAUGUCACACCUAAUUUUUUCAAUUUGAAAAUUUUUUCAUCGUAUAAGAUGUCACACCUAAUUUUUUCAAUUUGAAAAAAAGUUUCAUCGUAUAAGAUGUCACACCUAAUUUUUUCAAUUUGAAAAAAAGUUUCAUCGUAUAAGAUGUCACACCUAAUUUUUUCAAUUUGAAAAAAAGUUUCAUCGUAUAAGAUGUCACACCUAAUUUUUUCGAUUUGAAAAAAUUUUCAUCGUAUAAGAUGUCACACCUAAUUUUUUCAAUUUGAAAAAAAGUUUCAUCGUAUAAGAUGUCACACCUAAUUUUUUCAAUUUGAAAAAAAGUUUCAUCGUAUAACAUGUCACACUUCAUUUUUGCACUUUUCAAAAAGGGGGAGUGUUCAAAAAGGGGGAGAGUUCUCCGCAACGUUUUUGGAUCUUUUAUCCUUGAUUUUUGCUAUUUUUUACCAUUUUUUAUUUAGAUCCGAACAAAAAUCCUGAACAACCUCUCCGCUCAUACCAUCAUUCACCUCUACUUCAAUGCUACGGUAGAUGACGCCAAGAUCCUCGCGAGUGCUCAGAACGACCGAUUCAAAACUCUUUGCAUGGUCAAUGAAAUGAUGACCGAAAAGCCUGAUACUCACGAGGGAUUUGUCGAUUGGAUUCAAUUUUUUAUCAUGUAAGAUGGGCUUCUUUUUCUGGGAUUUUGGUGAUGUAAGAUGGUCAGACGGAGAAAUUGACAUUUUUUUACUGUCAAUUUUCUACAGUCCUUCAAGAGACAACAAAAAUUUUAAUGCCAGAAAGAUUACUGUAGCGACAUUGGUAUUGUAGAAAAAGUGAAAAAAAACUUAAAAACAUGGGGUUUGAUGAAACUUGACCCAAAUUACAAUUGCAGUCGUACUAGUCCUUGUAGAGUCGAUGGAAUGAUGCACUGCGUGGAAGAAAAGUUCAUUUUGCACGGCGCAAUUUUCGGCUUUUUACACCACGCAAUAGGUUUUUUCGAAUCUUGAGUUUUCUACAGAGUGCAAGCGCCAAAAAUCGCUCUAGCGACUUUGCGAACGUUGCGGAAGAACUUUCCCCCUUUUUGAACUCUCCCCCAAUAUGAAUUCUUCCCCUUUUUGAACACUCCCCCUUUUCUGAACUCUUCCCCUUUUUGAACUCUCCCCCUCAUUUUGAAAAUUGGAAAAAUAAGGUGUGACAUGUUAUACGAUGAAAAGUUUUUUUCAAAGUGAAGAAAAUUGGGUGUGACACCUUAUACGAUGGAUUUUUUUUUCAAUUUGAAAAAAUAAGGUGUGACAUGUCAUACGAUGAAAAGUUUUUUCAAAUUGAAAAAAAAUUUAGAUGGGACAUCUUAUACGAUGGAUUUUUUUUUUCAAAUUGGAAAAAUGAGGUGUGACAUGUUAUACGAUGGAAAUUUUUUUCUAAUUGAAAAAAAUAGGUGUGACAUCUUAUACGAUGGAAAAUUUUUUCAAAUUGAAAAAAUGAGGUGUGACAUCUUAUACGAUGGAAAUUUUUUUUCAAAUUGAAAAAAAAUUAGGUGUGACAUCUUAUACGAUGGAAAUUUUUUUCAAAUCGAAAAAAUGAGGUGUGACAUCUUAUACGAUGGAAAUUUUUUUCAAAUUGAAAAAAUGAGGUGUGACAUCUUAUACGAUGGAAAUUUUUUUUCAAAUUGAAAAAAAUAAGGUGUGACAUCUUAUACGAUGGAAAUUUUUUUGCAAAUUGAAAAAAUGAGGUGUGACAUCUUAUACGAUGGAAAUUUUUUUCAAAUUGAAAAAAAUGAGGUGUGACAUCUUAUACGAUGGAAAUUUUUUUUCAAUUUGAGAAUUUUUAUCAUCGUAUAACAUGUCACACAUCGUUUUUCUCAACCCUUUGCGAACGGGCUAGUAUCAGUUUGGUCGGGAAAAUAAUGAGCGCAACGUCGCAUCGAAAUUCGCAAAUUGCUUUUCGAUGCGGCGACAUUGGCUCACUAUUUUCGCGACGGACUGAUAGCAUGGAUUCAUUGGCCUAUAUAUUCUUUACGCGGGAUUUUCAUGAAAAAUUUGAAAAGUUAGCCACUCCCUUUCACUUUCUAAUAAAAACCCUUUCAGCUCGCUGACUCGCCUCUGUUCCGCCAUCGAAGCUCAUGGAGUGAAUGCGGGCCGAGCGCCCGACGACGUCACAAACGACGCCAAUCUUUUUGUCAAAGUUCACCAAAACCUAUUCCACCGGGCAAUGCACUUGACAGGACAUGAAAAGCCGAUCGAUUUCUCGCUGGAAUUGCGGGUUCCUCGAGCGGCGAAACUCCGACGAAUGCAGAAAAAUGAGAUCGAUGAGGAGCAGAUUGUCAUGCAAAAGGAAGAAGACCUGAUUUCCAUGGUCAUCUCGCCGAACAAGAGCGUGGAGUUGUACGCGGAGGAAAUUGAGACCCACACUUUCAAGUUUACGGUAGGUCAUGGAGCGGGGAAAAUUUUUAAACAUUAUGUAUGUAGAUGAAGAUAAUAUAGUAUCAGUCUGUCGGGAAAAUAAUGUCGUUGCGUCAAUCGUGUCACUGACUAGGGAAGUGUACAAACGAACCCUCACCAAAUGGCAAGUGAUAUACACCAUUGGAAAGCCCUUGAAAAAUGGUGCAAGAUACCAUUUUCAUUUUUUGCAGAAUGCCGUUCCGCGACGACAUACUGUAAAUUUCAUUAUUUUUAGGUCAUUUCGCAAUAAAAAUCUUUCUUUCUCUUGAGCGGAUAAAAAUUCUCGAAGAGGGUUGCUUCAAUAGUGCAGUGGUUGCUGAGCAGGCUGAUAAGCCAAACCAAGCUAGGUUCGAUUCCUAGCUUGGGCAAAAACAUUUUGCGUUCUUACAGUUAGGAUAAUAUUUGAGUUAAACUUUUACAAACGCUUUCAUUUUUCUAGAAAACGGUCGAUUACGGUUAAAACCAUCAAACUUACAUGUUUUUCAAAAUUAAAAAAAGUGAAGUGUUUUUUCACGUUAUGGGUGUUUAAAACCAGUAAAUAUCACAUGUAAAAUGGUUCUACUGGCAAUCGCCAAACUUCAUAAUGAUUCUUAGGCCAACCUAGUAGCAAUAUUUACCAUUUAGCGUUUUGAAAUAAGAUUUAUUUUGCCCCACAGCCGAUAUUGUAACUACUUAAAGGACAAAUCAACCGUUUAUAUUUUUUUGCCCUGAGGCAUUCUGCAAAAAAUGAAAAUGGUACCUUUCACCAUUUUUCAAGGGCUUUCCAAUGGUGUAUAACACUUGCCAUUUGGUGAGGGUUCGUUUGUACACUUCCCUAGUGAAGUGAAAAGCGGCAUGAUUUUUUCGCGACACAAUUCUUGCUCCAGUGAGUAAUCCUAGCCGUUUACAGCUGUUUCUAUAGCACUGAUAGAUUUUUAAUUGAUGUCAUAGUGCCAAAUUUUCUGGACACAUAAAGAUUUUUAAGUCCAUACAUCAGUGUGUCGGGAAAAUAAUGAGCAAUUUGUCGCAUCGAAAAUCGCGACGUCGCCGUGAAAAUGAAUUGUGUCGCUGCAAAAUCAAGUUGUUUUUCACUUCAGCGAAGCUAAAGAGCGCUCAUUAUUUUCCCGACAGACCGAUGUAUGUGCCUCGGGACUUAUAAAUCCUUUUAUGUACAAAAAAUGCGUCACAAUGACUCCCGUUUAAAAUCUUCCAGUAGUAGGUCCUGAGCCAGUUGCCUAAGUUAUAUCGGUCUGUCGGGGAAAUAUUGAGCACUCUGUCGCACCGAAAAUCGCAUCGCCGCUGAGAAAUUUAUUGUGUAGUGGCAAAAUUAAAUUACUUUUCACUUCAGCGACAUAAUCGGCGAAGCUAAAGAGCGCUCAUUAUUUUCCCGACAGACUGAUCGUCGUAUAGCCUCGGAAUUUUAUACGAAAUUUGAGACAAAACAAACACCCACAACACAUUUUUUUGUCAUUUUUAUUUAUUUUUACACCUUUUUUCAGGUCAAGAACAGCUCCACUGUUGCCCCGUUCUACUACGACGGACAAACCGAAUCCGUCUAUUACAUGCGCACCGACGACGCUUUCAUUGUGUACCGGAAGUGUUUGAGCGACGACUCGGAGCCCCAGCCGAUAUUAGAGACCCAUAUCAGAGGAGCGCACUUUAUCGCCGUGGACGAGGACCACUUUUACUAUGUGUGUGACGAUGCUGUUCAGACCCAUAUGAGGUAUUUGAAUCUGACCACCGGCAAGACCACGAAACUCCGACUUCCGUCGUUGAUUGGAGAUGUAAGUUGGGGUUUAAAAAGCGGAAAUUUUUAUUAAAAAAAAUGAAACGGAUGACGAUUGGGCCCGGUUUUGUCCCCUCGUACUGUACAGUACAAGGUGGUACUAUAUAGCACGAGGUAAAAAUUAAGCCAUAACACGUCAAUGCUAUGGGUUUGGUGCACAGUACUGCUCAAACAACUUGUUCUUAGCGCUUGGUACUGUACAGUACGAGGUGGUACUAUAUAGCACGAGGUAAAAAUUAAGCCAUAACACGUCAAUGCUAUGGGUUUGAAGCCCAGUACUUCUCAAAAAAUGUGUUUUUAGCGCUUGGUACUGUACAGUACGAGGUGGUACUAUAUAGCACGAGGUAAAAAUUAAGCCAUAACACGUCAAUGCUAUGGGUUUGAAGCCCAGUACUUCUCAAAAAAUGUGUUUUUAGCACUUGGUACUGUACUGUACGAGGUGGUACUCAUUCUCACGUAUUUUUUUGCAGAUCAUAAACAUCUACGCCAUUCAAGAUAUCGUCGUCAUCCACCAUGAAUAUCGAGUCCUGAUCUACAGAGCGAACAUGGAAAAGGAGCAAUUUGUCUUUAUCGAAGAGGCCCGUGGACCUGUGGCGCUGUUGAAUCCUCACUGCUUCGCCUACACUGGAUUCGACGCUUUUGGAGGGUUGGUGGUGAAGGUAAUUUUUUUCUAUUUUUUGAGGGAGUACUCCAUGUACGACGCUCAGAUUUUGAUGAAAUUUGGCACAGAUUUAUUGCUAGGUAAAAAAUUUUUGGAUAUUGCAGGAAUGAUCGAGAUUUUUUGGUGGAAAGUUGGGGGAAAAUGCAAUUUUUUUUGCGAUUUUUUGCCAUCAAAAGUUUCAUGCCUAUUUCUACCAUAGAGAGUAAUAUUUCCACAAAAAAUCAAAUUUUUUUCAUGCGAAAUGGACAAAGAUAUGGCCAAAAAGUGUUAUUGUAUCUCUGACCGCUCUCCGCUUUUCGCGUAGUCACUCAGAAAGCUCACCGAAUAUCUCGGCUGCCCCUGGAAAUCGCGAGCUAAAAGCCAAUAUUUUUUGAUUAGAAUUACGAUUUCCCUGCCGUAUUCUACGUAGUACGAUAGAAAUUUUACAUUGACAACUCCCUGGUACUGAUAAGUACACAAAUCCAUUAUAUUCAUCCACUGCUUUCAAAGUUAUGGGAGUUUGUUUUCAAAAAAUGGUAAAAAAUGCCUGGAUAAGCGUAUGAUGACUAUUCAAGCCACUUAUUACACCUGGAAACUUAAUCCGCAACAUCUAACGUCAAGUGUGGGCCCGCCCCCGAAAUGUGUCCAAAAUUUGAAGGAAAUCUGAGCGUCGCACUUGGAUCACUUCCCCUAUUAGCUUAUUAAAACCCCAAAAAAUAGCUAUAACCAUUUACAAUUCACUACUUUCUGGACAAUGUUCACUUGGAAGCCAUUCCUUGAAAACUUGUCUUUUCAACGAUUUUUUUUAUUUUUUAACGGCUUAAAAAACGAUUUUUCAGGUGGUCCGCAAGCACGCAGAAGGCCCUCAAUUGAACAUUCUCGGAUUCCCGAGCGCCUUUCUCAACCGAUACUCCAACGAAAUAUUGGGCGUGUUUUGGCGCGGAACCCAACAUUUAUUCCUGUUCGAAGCCGGCGACAGAGAACCGUGUUUUAUCGCCAUGACGUCAGUGGGAUCAUUCCAGCCUCGAGGACUCUACGUCAAGUACGGAAGAUGCUGA